AUGCCAGCGCCUGCAGGUGAUCCGUGCGAGAUGGCAGCGGCCGUCGAGGACAAGGCACAGGGUCGGCGCCGACCCAACUUGACGGACGAAGAGCGACUGGUCCUAGCCAACUACCUGCUCCAGCAUCGACAGGGCGAGUCGCGUCUGCCGCGAGCAGUCAUUGCCACUGCUGCCGACAAGUUCCAAGUCCAUCGGAACACCGUGUCCCGUAUUUGGAGCCUCAUGAAGCUCGCGCUCGACAGUGGCUCGUCUAUUGACGUUGUGAUGAGGCAAGUGCUGUCGAGGAAACGAGGCAAUUGUGGACGCAAGAGGAAAGACUACUCGACGGCGCUGGAACAAGUCAAGCAGCUGCCCCUGAACCAGCGCGGCUCGUUGCGAGCUCUUUCGUCGGCGGUGGGCGUUCCCCGCACCACAUUGUUUCGUCUGCUACGCAAUUACGAGACUGAUGACAUCUGCAAAAGCGAUAAUGAGGAAGCGAGAUCGGAAGUGAAGCCGACGACCGCUAACACGAUCAAACCAGCACUGUCGGAGAAGAACAAGAGAGAGCGACUGCGCUUUUGUUACCGAAAGAUGCAGCCCAACGGCGUGUUUGACAACAUGUUCAACGUCGUGCAUAUCAACACCAAGUGGUGUUUGCUACCGGGUGCUCGUGAUGCUGAGACAAUGACGAACAAGAAGAAGAGGAAAGUCAUGUUCCUGAUCGCUGUCGCUCGACCGCAAUGGGAUACCGGUCGGCAGAAACAGUUUGACGGCAAGCUUGGUGUGUGGCCAUGUAUAGCGACUGGGGAACUUACGCUCACUGGAACGGAUGUUGAAGUCAGUGCGCCGAGUGUUGUGGAUUCAGCAAAAACCGGACGUGUGCUUCGCGUGCUAGAGACGGUCACAAAGACGGAGAUUCAAGCCAUGAUCACACACCAUGUCAUUCCAGCGAUCAAGCUCAAGAUGCCGAACGCGCUGCGCACCGACCCGGUCUUCAUUCAAAUGGACAAUCAGCAGAUGCGACUGACAGCUGAUGAUCCCGUUGUAGCCGAGCACGGCAGCACUGACGGCUGGGACAUUCGCGUGCAAUACCAACCAGCGCAUAGUCCCGAGCUAGUGGUGCUAAGUCACGCCUUGCUCAAGAGUAUUUAUCCAGCGACUUUUCCAUCGCAACGUGGCUGCACGCCGUUGUCGCCUGUCGAAGCGCUUAUCGCGGGCAUGGAGCGCACGUUUGCUGCCGUGCCCAAGCGACGGAUCAACAACGCGUUUCUGGCGUUACAAAAGACAAUGGAAUGCGUGAUGCUGGCUGGUGGGUCUAAUAACUUUGACUCGCAAGAAGACGCGACCAAGCAGAGCUUGCAAGCCGACGGCAGUCUUCCUGUGAGCGUACUCUGCCAGCGCGACGCAAUCGCAGCGUGUCAGUGCAUUCUGAACAGCUCACAAGAGUGA